CCUUUCUCUGGAGGCAAUUCAGUUCGCCGGUCUGCGGGGAUUCCACAUUCAACAGUUCAUCAACGCGCUCCCAUGCCAUUGAUAACUGUUUCGCUACUGCGGUAAUGCGCUCGGGAUGUUGGCACUCGCAGAUGUCCGCCCUCCGUUCAGCAUGGAUCUUGACCUGGGUCUUGCAGCUGGCGCUGUGGCUCACCAUGGCCCAGGGCAUGCGGACCGAUCAGGUUAAGGAGCUCAGGAAGGAGACAGAGCAUAUGUUCUACCACGGAUUCGACAACUAUCUCGAGCAUGCCUUUCCUGAAGACGAACUACGCCCUCUAACAUGCCGUCCGCUGGUUCGCGACCGAGAUAAUCCCGCGCAUGCAGAGCUCAACGAUGUCCUGGGAAAUUAUUCCUUGACUCUGAUCGACAGUCUGUCCUCCCUGGCCAUACUUUCCUCGAGUCCCGACCAGGGCCAGAAGGCGUGGGAUUACUUUCAAAACGGAGUGAAGGAUUUUGUUACACUGUACGGUGAUGGAUCCAAUGGCCCCGCAGGCCAGGGCCAGAGGGGUCGAGGGUUCGAUAUGGAUAGCAAAGUGCAGGUGUUCGAGACGGUGAUUCGAGGAUUAGGUGGUCUACUCAGCGCUCAUCUUUUUGCUGUGGGCGAUCUUCCUAUCAGCGGAUACAAUCCGCCGGAGGCCGAAGCCAACUUCGCCAGAGCCUGGGAUAAACAUUCCUUCCCUGAAGGUAGUCACGGCAUCGAGUGGGAGGACGGAUUUGUCUACGAUGGCCAACUUCUACGACUUGCUGUCGAUCUUGCGAAUCGAAUCUUGCCCGCGUUCUAUACGGAUACUGGUCUCCCUUACCCUCGAGUGAACCUGAAAUACGGAGUGCAACGGCAGCCGUACUACGCAAACUCGCCGUUCAAUGCAGCCCCUACGUGUGACAAAGCCAAUCCUGAACAGUGCCAAAAGCCUCGCCGCUCCUCGACCUUUGAGACUACGGAAACUUGCAGCGCUGGCGCUGGCAGUCUGGUUCUAGAGUUUACGGUCUUGAGCAGGCUUACAGGCGAUGGGCGGUAUGAGGAACUUGCCAAGCGGGCGUUCUGGGCCGUUUGGGCAAGGAGGAGUGAUAUUGGAUUGAUAGGGUCUGGUAUUGAUGCCGAAUCCGGCAGAUGGGUUCAUUCCUACACCGGGAUUGGCGCAGGAAUUGAUAGCUUUUUCGAGUAUGCUUUCAAGUCCUACGUGCUACUAUCGUCAGGGGAACGACCCCCGGUCAAUACCAGCAGCCCAUGGCAUGUUCUGGACGACUAUUUCUUGCCACUUUCAGAAUAUGAGCACUCCGCCGAUGCCUUUCUGAAGGUCUGGGAGGAGUCUCAUGCCUCGAUCAAACGUCACUUGUACCGAGGAGAGGGUCAUCAACAUCCGCACUUAAUCCAGGGAGACAUCUUUACCGGAGCGACUCGUGCUUUUUGGAUCGACAGUCUCAGCGCCUUCUACCCCGGACUUCUUACUUUGGCGGGAGAGGUAGACGAAGCUAUCGGCAUCCAUCUUCUGACGACGGCAGUCUGGACUCGGUUUUCCGGACUGCCUGAACGAUGGAAUGUCGCCACUGGGGACAUUGAGCAGGGCCUUUCCUGGUACGGUGGCCGCCCUGAAUUCGUCGAAUCUACUUACUACCUCUACCGAGCGACAAAGGACCCCUGGUACCUGCAUGUCGGUGAGAUGGUACUGCGGGAUUUGAAACGGCGAUGCUGGACCAAGUGCGGUUGGGCCGGUAUUCAGGACGUCCGGAACGGCGAGCUCAAUGACCGCAUGGAAAGCUUCUUCCUGGGUGAAACUGCCAAGUACAUGUUUCUGCUGUACGAUUUUGACCAUCCCCUCAACAAGCUAGAUCAGCCAUUCGUCUUUUCCACCGAGGGCCACCCUCUUAUUAUACCCAAAAACAGCACAGCACAGCGCGCUGAGCGCAAGCAGGUACCGGUCGAUGUGGAAAGCGAGGGUUUGACUUGCCCAACAGCACCUGAGCCUCCUACAUUAGGAGUCUCAUCCACUGCGGCUCGGUCCGAUCUGUUCCACGCCGCGAACCUGGCACGUCUACAUCUUAUGCCGAGUAGAGGCGUAGCGGAAGGCCCUCUUCUGGACUAUGCUCGGGACCACCCGAGCGUAUCAGUGUCAGACUUGUCGUCGCCCACCAACUACACAUUCUUCCCGUGGACAUUGCCUCCAGAGCUGGUCCCGUUUAACGCGACCAGCGCACCAAUGACAAUUCGCCCAACGCUCGACAUCUCUUUCCCCGCGCUUCCCGGCAUGGUCGUGGGGCCCGGAUCGCUGGAACGAGUGCGCGAUGGCAUCUUCAUCAAAGCCAUCGGGGGCCUACGGCUGAGUAUGGUCCAGGAUGUCCCCGUGCUAGGAGAAACCGGCAGCGCAGAAGGGGACGAAUUCCGAGUCCAGGUGAUCAACAACGUGCCGCUGGGCAAAGACGAGAAGGUAUAUCUUCUACGGGAAAUCACAUUUGAUGUCCUCGACCCCACCGACCCGAACUUCACGCGGGUUCGCGACACCGCCAUGGUUGACAUCGUCAUUGACGUUAUCCCAGAGUCUAUCCGUCGACGAAAUGAUUCAGAUGAUAGUCAUGAACCAGCUGCACCUCGACGUGCCAAUGGAGCCAUCGUCCACGGCUCCAGCGCCGUCGACAGCAAAGUCGGCAGCGUAGACGCAUCGACCUCCAGCAUGAAGACCGUCCUCUCCUCGCUGGUCAACACCCUAUCCACUCUCCUCCGGGAUGAAGUGCAAGGCCAGACCAGCCUGCCGCAGAAGAAGAAACCAACCUCGUUACGUCUCCUGCUCCCGGCCGCCAUCUCCACGGGGCUCGGCUCCGCCCCACUCCCCGACGUGGAAGACGCCACAACCGUCUCCAUCACAGGCGACCCUUCCAAGCAACGCCUCACCUGGAACAGCAUCUACUUCGCGGACGAUCUCUGCGACGACCGCAUCCUCCGAGAAGUUGCACAGAACCACCAGGUGCUCGUGAUCAAGCGCGGCGGAUGCAGCUUCUCACAGAAGCUGCGCAACAUCGCCGCGUACCCGCCUUCCCGGUACGCCCUGAAACUCGUCAUCGUGGUCUCCUACGAUGACGAAGUCGAGGACCAGCACGACGGAUCAGACACCACCACCACAACCCCCGGGUUAGCCGCGGUCCGUGCAGAACCCUAUUUGGUGCGGCCCCAUCUGGACGAGACGCAAAUGACAGCCGCGGGCGUCCCGCGACGCCAGCUGCUCAGCGUGGUCAUGGUAGGCGGAGGGCAAGAGACAUACGAGCUACUGCGACAGGCGACGGGAGUGGGAAUCAAACGGCGAUAUUCGGUACGAUCGCAGGGUGUUCCCAUCAAUAAUUUGUAUAUUUUGUGA